UUAGAACAGGAAGGGUCAGGUUUAGAACAACAGGAAAGCUGGAGGGAAGUAGUGGACGUCACCACCCCUCGAGUCCUCGAGCCAGUAAGUCGUCUCAGUUGGAAAAUGUCGCAUUUACUAAACUCCUCAAUGAAGCUUGUGCUUUUGGAAGCAUGGAUAUUCAGUGUCCUUACACAAGGGAUAUUUUCUGACACCUGCCCAAACUGUCAUGAGCUAGCAAAGUGUGAGAACAAGACCUGCAAAUGCAAAGAUGGCUUUACUGGUAAUGGAAUAACUAACUGUCAAGAUGACGAUGAGUGUGAAAGGGUGCCCUACAUAUGUGGUGACCACGCCACCUGCACCAACACAUUGGGAAGCUAUCACUGCACCUGCAAAGCAGGUUUCAGCUCUACAAAUGGGGCAAAAGAGUUUUGGCCUAAUGACGGAACUCACUGUGAAGAUAUCAAUGAAUGCAAGCAGACUGAAAUAUGUGGGCCGUUUUCCAACUGCUAUAACACCAACGGGUCCUUUCACUGCUCGUGUCAAAGAAAUUAUGUUUCAUCAACUGGAGCCAAGUUAUUUCAACCAGACUCACGGACAACUUGCUUAGAGAACCCUGUGCCUAACUGUCACGAAGACAGAGAGUGUUUAUCAAGUCGCAUCAGAACCACCCUACAAAAUAUCAGCAGUCUAAGCCCUCCCCAGCAGCUGCUGAGGGAGAUGAAGAAGCAAACAUCAGGAGAUUUAAACCCAGUUGAUGUAAUCGCCUACAUAGAGGCUCUCUCUGCCGCAGCCAUGAACUUUAGUAAAAGUGGGAGUAAAAGUUAUUUUGAUGAAGAAGUUCCUGUAAAGGAAGCCAUUACGGACUUUGUUAAGACAGUGAACAAUCUGGUGGAAUUGAAUGAGUUGGAGGCAUGGGACAGAAUAGAGGAACAGCAGCGAGACCUGACCCUGACCAAGCUCUUCCACUCAGUGGAGCAGGGGACUCUGGCCUUGUCCAAAAUCAGCAGCAAUGUUACCAGGGUGGAGGUCAAUGAAGGUGACGUAGAAUUAAAACUCUACACGCUGAAGGAUCAGGAGAGGAAAAAGAAAGUCUCUGUCUCCCUGGGAGUAAAUACCAUUGUUUUAACACCCAAAAAAGUAGACACAGCUUCCAGUGGAAGUGUCCCCGUGGUGUUUGUCAAGUACAAGCAUAUUGGGGUGGUCUUGGAGCCCAAAAUUGACCCAGGAUUGGUUGAUUACACAAGGUUUGCUGCAGCUGGUCCGGUGAUCGUGAACUCAGAGGUCAUAGCAGCUGCCAUAGGUUCUCCUCAGUUGUACUCACUUGAAGAAGUGUCUUUUACUUUGAAACAUUCAGAGCCCAUCGAUCCUGUGGCUGACAUGACGAAGUGUGCAUUCUGGGAGUAUUCUCUGGACACUAUGGAGGGCCGCUGGGCCCUGGCGGGCUGCCAGCUCUCUCACGUCAACAGCUCCCACACCAUGUGCACCUGCAAUCACCUGACCCAUUUCGCCAUCCUCAUGUCCUCAGGACGGGCUAAUCUUGUGGCCCACUACAACAUCCUGACCAGGAUCACACAGCUGGGCAUGGUGAUCUCACUCAUCUGCCUGUCCAUGUGCAUCUUCACCUUCUGGUUCUUCAGUGAGAUCCAGAGCACCAGAACCACCAUACACAAGAACCUGUGCUGCAGCCUCUUCAUGGCCGAGUUCAUCUUCUUAGUCGGGAUCAACAUGCACUCCCACAAGCUGUUUUGUUCUGUGAUUGCUGGGUUGCUGCAUUAUUUCUUCCUGGCUGCGUUUGCAUGGAUGUGUAUCGAGGGCAUUCAUCUCUACCUGAUAGUCGUUGGUGUCAUCUAUAAUAAGGGCUUUUUGCAUCGCAAUUUCUACAUAUUUGGAUAUGUGAGCCCAGCUAUUGUAGUCGCCAUAUCAGCCACACUUGGUUACAAAUACUAUGGAACUAACACAGUGUGUUGGCUGAGCACUGAAAAUAACUUCAUCUGGAGUUUCAUUGGCCCUGCUUGUUUGAUUAUACUGGUAAACUUGAUGGCAUUUGCUGUUAUCAUCUAUAAAGUAUAUCGGCAUACAGCAGUGAAGAAACCUGAAAUAAGCCAUUAUGAAAAUAUACGGUCUUGUGCCAGAGGGGCCCUGGCCCUCCUGUUUGUACUCGGGGCCACCUGGACAUUCGGAGUUCUGCACAUCCUCAACGAAACCACACUGACUGCGUACCUUUUCACAUUUGCCAACGCAUUCCAAGGGAUGUUUAUCUUCAUCUUCUUGUGUGUGUUAUCCAGAAAGAUUCAAGAGGAGUACUACAGGCUGUUCAAAAAUGUCCCGUGUUGUUUUGAAUGCUUCAGAUGAAUAUUGGACAAUUAAGGAGUCUUUUAUUUCUACUAUUGGCCUGAAGAUUAUAUUUUAUGUACAUCUUCUUGUGUGUGUGUGUGUGUGUGUGUGUGUGAGAGGGGGUAUUUAAUAUACUGAAGACAACACAAGAGGAAUCCAAUACACCUUUUUGUAACAAAGAUACUGCAUGUGACUACAGGAACAAUGUGCUUUCCCUGUGUCUUCUUAUUUGUGAACUCUUAACAAGAGUAUUUCAAUAAUCAUUAACAAAUCACUAUUGUCCUGUACUGUCCUCUCUCUCUCUGUGUGUGUGUGUGUGUAUAUGUGUGUAUGUUUAUAUGUAUUUAUAUUUGCUUGUAAUAUUGAGUACAUCACCAUAGGGCUACCACAUAAACAGCUAAAAGCUAAAAGUCCCAAUAUAGUGUUUAAUAUAAAACAUUUUGAGUACUGUGUAGCAGGUUUUAUUUUCUAUACUUUUAGUAGUGUUGUUCAUUUUGACUUGUUAUUAUAUUAUUAUCAUCAUCUUUGAGAGUACUACAAUGCUAGACUUGCACCUUAUAUGCCUGUAUAAAAUCUAUUUUAGGAUCAUCCUUGAUAUUUCAGUAAGUCUGUUGUUCCUAUCAGAUCAUACAGCACGACGGCACACCAAAGUUUUUAAUGCUACACAAAUGCAGGACUUACUAUGGAAACAUUUUUACAUGGAACCAUACUGAUCUCUUCAUAUGUGGCAAAUAAUAAAUAUUGUGUGCAGAGCCGUCAGAAUAAAGGGUAUCUGUCUGUUCA